AUUCUAGGCAUCCAUCAUUCACACAAAAAUAUUUGCAAUGGCAAAGCUUUUUCUUCUAUGUUCUCUUUCCCUUUGCUCUCUACUCUUCAUGAGGGCUUGCUACUGCUUAGCUAUGCCUUACAGUCACAUACCGUGCCAGCUCGACAACCUCACCACAUUGGAACCUAAUCACCACAUUGUGUCCGAAGGUGGUGUGAUUGAGACAUGGAACACCACCCACCCCGAGCUACAUUGUCUUGGUGUAGGUGCUGUCGUCAAGCGCACUAUCAACCCCGCAAGCCUUCUCUUGCCAUACUACACUAAUUAUCUUGAAUUCCAUUACAUCAUCCAAGGUGAGGGAGUAGCCGGGAGUGUAGUUCCUGGUUGCGCAAAUCGCAUGAUCAUUCACUUCCGACGUGGUGAUGUCAUCGCAAGCUACCCUGGAGUACCUUUUUGGGCUUACAACAAAGGCAAGCAACAAGUUGUUGCCAUCAGUGUUGGCUUCAUCAACUCCGCAAAUCAGCUUGGUGUUAUCCCUAAAAGAUUCUAUCUUGCUGGGAAUAAUACAGAAGAGAAUUUCAACCUGGAUCACAACGUGUUCAGCGGCUUGGACACAGGGUUAUUAGAAGAAGUGCUAAACGUAAAUGAAGACAUUGUAAAAAAGAUACAAUCUGAAGAUCCCAGGGGCCAAAUCGUAAAAGUGCAAGGACAAUUUACCAGCAUUUCAAGUUCACACCAACCAAUAACUACACAAGAAAGGAAUAAGCAACAAAGUGGGUACCAUGAAGCUUGCACCUUCAAGUUUCAUGAGAACAUUAUUGAUAACUCUUCAUACACCCUCUAUAAUCCAAGAGCUGGUCGCUUAUCUACUGUUGACAACUUCAACCUCCCGAUCCUCCAACUAUUAAAGUUGAGCGCCCGACAUCUUGUCCUUUAUAAGAAUGGAAUAGCUUCUCCGAGCUGGGAUAUGAACGGACAUAGAGUGAUGUACGUGAUUAGAGGCCAUGCAAAGGUUCAAGUGGUGAACUCCGAAGGCAACUCAGUAUUUGAAGGUGAAGUCACAAAAGGACAAGUUUUGGUGAUCCCUCAGUGCUUUGUGGCGACAAAACAAGCAGGAAGUGAGGGAUUUGAGGCCAUAGAGUUCGUCACGAAUGAAAACUCCAUGUUUGUGUCCCUCGUUGGGAUGCAUUCAUUGCUGAGAUCCAUUCCUGUAGAUGUUCUUGCCAAUGCAUACAGGCUUAACCCAAAUGAAGUGAGCGCACUCAUGUUCAACCAAACCGAGGGACCUCUAGUUAACUAUUAGCCCCUUCAGAUCCUAUUAGGCUCAUUAUGGGAAGGGUACUAGAAUAAUGAAAAUUGUAAUGUUGUAUGGCUCUAGCUAAAUGUUACUUGCUUAUGCUCAAGUAACAUUGAUCAUUUAAAUAAAACGUGACUUCAAAGAAUUUUAAUAAAGUGAUAUUGUAUGGCACUA